GACGAGCUCGCGCUCCCCGCGAAGCGCUAUGCGCGGGAGGCGGCGGGGGCCCGGAGUGCCGCGCCGGCGGAGUACGCCGACCCCGGCUUCUGGGAGCGCCGCUUCGAUGAGACGGAGGGGACGUUCGACUGGUACGCCACGUACCGGGAGUUGGAGGGCGUCUUCAGCGAGUUCUGCCCGCCGGUGCCAGGCCUCGACGUCCUCGUGGUGGGGUGCGGCAAUUCGGCGCUGUCGGGCGAGCUGUGGCAGGCGGGGUACCAGCGCGUCACCAACAUCGACAUCUCCGCCGCGGCGGUGUCGAAGAUGGAGGAGAGAUUCGCGGGCACGGGCAUGUCGUGGCAGGUCAUGAACGCCACCGCCAUGGACUUCGAGGACUGCAGCUUCGAUCUUGCCGUGGACAAGGGCACCCUCGACGCGAUGAUGUGCGGGGGCGCGGCAGGCAGCGGGGACGCGGCAGGACUCGCUGCCGAGACGUGGAGGACACUGCGGCCGGGGGGCCUCCUGUUGCUCGUGUCGCACAACGGCGGGCGGCGGCCGCUGCUGGACCGGGCCGUCGAGGAGCUCCACGGCGCCGGAGCCGGCUGGGAGCAGCUCGAGCUCCGGAAGUGCCGCCUGUCGCCGCAGGCUACGCUGAUCAACAUCCUCAGGUCGAAGCUGCCAGGCCGGCCGCUGUCCGAAGCCCUGGGGGACGCGAAGCUUCUCGCGGAGGCGGCUGUCGAGGCCAGGCAGGCGCUGAAGCAGAUGGCCUUUUUGGAGGCGUUCCAUGCGUUCAGGGCCAGGAAGGCCAGGCUCGGGGAGUGCAAGGCCCCGGCGCCGGCGGCGCCGCCCAGCGCCGAGCCCGACGACGCGGACGACGGCGAGGAGCCGCAGCCGUCGCGAAGCGACGGGCACGGCGUCGGCGACCCGAGCUCGAGGCGGCAGCCGUGGUGCUGGGUGUACGUGCUGCGGAAGCCAGCGGCGGUGCCGCCGUAG